AUGGGUGUUGACAAUGCUCAUGUUCGCUGUGUUGUGCAUUGGACGAUACCAAAGAGUUUGGCUGCCUAUUAUCAGGAGUCUGGCAGAGCUGGACGUGAUGGUCUUCCUUCUUACUGUCGAAUAUACUAUGCUAAACAGGAGCGGGACACGGUGGCAUUCUUGAGAGCUCUAACACAAAAAAAGAAGGAGCACCGUGAGAAAGGCGUACAGGACUUGGCGCUAAUGAUCAACUACGUAGAGAGUUUGAAGUGUCGUCAUGCUCAAAUUGCGGCGUAUUUUGGAGAUGAUCCGCCUUCUUGUGUCAAUCGUUGUGAUGUAUGCACUAACCCCACGAAGGUCUCCCAGCUUCUGGCCGGCUAUAGGCGUGUUAUAUAUGGCAGCUUAAUUGAAGGCGAAGGGGUUGGUGAACAUGAUGAGCUAGACACUGAUUUGUACAGAACCCGACCUCGAUGUAAGGGUGGAGGUUGGGAGGUCUACGACGUCGACGAAGCGCGUUUCGUAUCGAGGCGGGGACGGGAAGCCGAGGAGGAUGCAAGAAACGAACGUACAAAUUUCGUUCUUGAAGAGCUGGCCCGUCGCAGAAAGGCCAGUGAGGCAGCUGGGUCGAGGGUUCUGUGGACUCCCGCGGCUGAGGAUUCCCUACUUAUCGAUCCCGAGAGCAAGCUUAUCAACGGUCUAACAGGGAAGAGUCGGGAUCAGACUCUCCAACUCCUCAUUACCGCCGUGUGUGGUCACUUGACAGGCACUAGCGAUACAGGCUCCGAUUUGGAUUCAGAGAAGUCGCACCUCAGCAAAUUGGCAACACGAUUGGAGCACCACAUCUUCAAAACCUCAAAGGUGGCUGGGGUCUACCGUGGACACAUGGCUCGAAGGAUCAGUCAGGCUCGCAAAGCCGCCUCUCUCUCCGCAAUCUACGAGGCAUUUGCGGAAUGGUUGAAUGUUCCUUUGACCUCAAUUCAAUCUGUUAACUCUAGCAUUCUCAGCGGUCCCUCUGGAGAGGUAGACGUUGAACAUCCCCUAUCUCUACUACCCCUUUCUUCACCACCUGAACUUUCGCUUCUGGCCACCGAAACAAAGUCGACAACCCCACAUCCUAAAUCAUUGGCUGAAAAUCGUUCUAAACCUCAGUCUUUGCCUAGCGGUGUUAAUGCCCAGGACAUUAUGGAAUCUACCUGUCUUCCACCUUCCCUAAAAAAAUCUCUUAUCAGGGAUUUAAGUGUCGAACUCAGUGGGGAAAAGCCCUCUACAAUGUCGCUGCCUUCCGGAGAGUCGACAAUGACUUACUUUUGGGAGACAUCAACGUCUACUUCAAACGUCCAGAAGAGGGUACAAAUGGAGAAUCUGGAUCAAGAUGUAUCGGUAGUGAAGGUAAUAAAAAAGGAGGCAUCCGCGAAAACUCGAUUCUUUCUCCAGGAUCCUGCUCCACUUCCAUCCCAGUCAUCAAUGCCGCCACUGUCGGCACUAUCACAAAACGUGAGUUGGCAUUCCUGCUUUACCCCCACACUCCAAGUUAAUCAGUUUCAAAUGCAUGAAAAGUCGGGCACUUUGUUUUCAAUGCAUUUGCUGUCAGAGUCUGAAAAGGAAAUGUAUAUCAAACCUCAGAUGUUUUGCUGUUUUGACUGA